AUGGAAAUCGUUCUCACCGGUCGCAACUUCUCCGCGACCGAAGCCGCUUCCUGGGGACUCGUAUCCCGACUCGUCGAAGGGUCCAACAACCAAGCCGUCGUUGACGAGGCUGUAAAAGUGGCGAGUAAGAUCGCGUCCAAGGGGAGGGUCGCCGUUCAAGCGGGUAAGGAGGCGGUGAAUGCGAGUCAGGAGUUGGGAUUGGAGGAUGGACUGAGGUUCGAAAGGAGGUUGUUCCAUCAGUUGUUUGCGACGGUCAGUUCUUUCAGCGUUUCAUUCGGAUAUGGAAGACAUGUGGGAAACUUAUUGUUUUGGUCGUUCGUGUUUCUGGUUGGUGUAGAAGGACCAAAAGAUCGGGAUGCGCGCUUUCGCGGAGAAGAAGAAGGCCGAGUUUGUUCACGAGUAG